AUGCUGUCAAUAUUAAAGAACUACAGCCUUCCAAUUUUUGAGAAGUAUCCUCAAAUUUUAGAUUUUGUACCUAACGUUGAUCGUCCCUUUUUCAAUAUUUAUUUAUGGGACCAUUUUAAUAAAUGGGCUACUAUUUUGACUAAGGGUCGCUUUGUUCCAAAUGAUUUCGAAUUUGUUGCCGGUGAAUUGCCUUUGACUGAAUUUAAGCAUGUUGUUGCUGCUAUCGCCACUUAUUACUUGAUUAUUUUCGGCAAAGUUUUACUAAAGAACUAUCCUGCGUUCAAGUUGAACUUUUUAUUCGAGCUUCACAAUCUUUUCUUAACCGGAAUCUCCCUGGGAAUUUUGGUUUUGAUGGUGGAGCAGUUGGUGCCUAUGAUUGUCAACAAUGGCUUAUUCUAUGCUAUUUGUAACUCUGGCGCGUGGACCCAACCUAUGGUUACGUUGUACUAUAUGAAUUACAUUGUGAAGUAUAUUGAGUUUAUUGACACCUUAUUUUUGAUCCUAAAGAAGAAGAAGUUGACAUUUUUGCACACCUACCACCACGGUGCUACUGCUCUGCUCUGCUACACUCAGUUGGUUGGUACUACUUCCAUUUCGUGGGUUCCUAUUACUUUGAACUUGGGAGUCCAUGUUAUCAUGUACUGGUACUACUUUUUGGCUGCUAGAGGUAUCAGAGUCUGGUGGAAGGAAUGGGUGACUAGGUGCCAAAUUAUCCAAUUUAUUCUUGAUAUAGGAUUUAUUUAUUUUGCCGUGUACACUAAGCUGAUUCACGACUACUUCCCUCAAAUGCCCCACUGUGGAAGCUGUGUUGGAUCUCUAACUGCAACUGUCGCCGGUUGCACCAUUAUCUCCUCCUACUUGUUCUUGUUUAUUGCUUUCUACAUCGAGGUGUACAGAAACAAGGGCACAAAAACUUCCAGAGUAGUUAAGAGGGUCCGUGGUGGUGUUGCAGCUAAAGUUAAUGAGUACGUCAAUGUCGACCUUAAGAAUACCGCUACACCUUCACCAUCCCCAAGUACCAGAAAACAACAAACUUCUAAGAAGUAA